GAGGGGAACAGGAGCAGGGGUGUGGCCAGCCCUGAGAGUGCCGGGUGUGUCCCGCAGGUGACGCUGCCGUGGCCGAUGUCCCCGCAGCCGAGCCCGGAGGAUGAGCAAGCCCACGGAGCUGCAGCACGACCUGGAACGAAGCCUCCCAGCCAUUGCCUCCAUCAGCUCCUCCUUUUCCCAGAGCCAGGGCUUCUCCCCGUAUUUCUUCUCCCCCGAGAAGAGAAAAGCCAUCUCGGAUGUGAGGAGGACAUUCUGCCUCUUUGUCACCUUCGACCUGCUCUUCAUCUCCCUGCUGUGGAUCAUCGAGCUGAAUACCAAGGUGGGCAUCAAGGAGAACCUGAAGGAUGAAAUCAUCAACUACAGAUUCAAGACCUCGUUCUUUGAUAUCUUUCUCUUGGCUCUGUUUCGUUUCGUUGUGCUGCUCUUGGGCUACGCCGUCCUCCGCCUGCGCCACUGGUGGGUCAUCGCGGUCACUACACUGGUAUCCAGUGCCUUCCUGAUUGUGAAGGUCAUCCUCUCUGAGCUUCUGACCAAAGGGGCUUUUGGGUAUUUGCUUCCCAUUGUCUCAUUUGUCAUUGCUUGGCUGGAGACGUGGUUCCUGGAUUUUAAAGUCCUAACUCAGGAAGCAGAAGAGGAACGAUGGUUCCUGGCAGCCCAGGCUGCAGCCUCAAGGCCACUGCUGUACCCCCGAGCCCUCUCCGAGGGACAGUUCUACUCCCCGCCUGAAUCCUUUGCAGGCUCAGACAACGAGUCUGAUGAGGAAGGUGUGGGGAGGAAGGCCUUGACAACUCAGGAAAAGGAGUAUGUCCGACAAGGCAAAGAGGCCAUGGAGGUUGUGGACCAAAUCCUCGCUCAGGAGGAGAACUGGAAGUUUGAGAAAAACAAUGACUUUGGUGAUGUUGUUUACACUUUUGAAAUCCCCUUCCACGGCAAGACCUUUAUUUUAAAGGCUUUCCUGCAGUGCUCUCCUGAAAUGGUUUACCAGGAGGUGAUUCUGCAGCCCGAGAAGAUGAUCCUGUGGAACAGAACAGUGGCAGCUUGCCAGAUCUUGCAGCGGAUUGAGGACAACACGAUCGUCUCGUACGACGUGGCGGCCGGAGCUGCCGGCGGGGUGGUGUCCCCAAGGGAUUUUGUGAACGUGCGUCGGAUCGAGAGGAGGAGAGACAGGUACAUUUCCUCAGGGAUGUCGACCACGCACAGCCUGAAGCCUCCGCUCUCCAAAUACGUCAGGGGUGAGAAUGGACCUGGGGGAUUCAUCGUCCUGAAAUGUCCCAGCAAUGCCAAGGUCUGCACCUUCAUCUGGAUUCUCAACACGGAUCUGAAGGGCCGCCUGCCCCGGUACCUGAUCCACCAGAGCCUGGCUGCCACCAUGUUCGAGUUCGCCUUCCACCUGCGCCAGCGCGUGGCCGAGCUCUGCUCCAAGCCCUGAGGACAUUCCAGUGCCCCCUCUGCUCUGUGGGGACCCCCCCCAGGGAGGGGUCCCCCAUUACCAGGGGGCUCAGCCCUUCCUCCCACCACGGCUGCCCCCGAUCAGGGCCCUGGACCCGACUGUUCCGUGCCAAAUCCCUGCCCUGGCCCCCUCCCCGGGGGCUGGGCUGGCUCCCCCUGCCCACAAACAGGCUGGGGGCUCAGCUGGCACCCCCAGAUUCCUUUCACUGCACCCCAGUUCUGUGAGGAAGAGGGGACAGAGGUGGUGGCCAUGUCAGUGAGGACUCAGCUGACCCCUCCACCAGCAGAUGAAGGCACAGUUUGUGACCCCCCCACACCCACUGUGACCCUGGGGCUGUGACCCCCAACCUCGGGGACCCCCCAAACCCCUCCUUGGCACUGGCCAAGCUCCUUCCUUCCCAAACCUGCAGCUCCUGGCGGAGCCAGCGCGGGAUUUGCCUUAAGCAGAGACUUUGAUCCUUUUUGGGGGUGCUGGGGGGG